AUGAGUUCUUUCGGCAGUCCCGGCUCAGGGCCAUAUGCCGGGAAGCCCAUCCCCCCAGAGAGAGGCAGUUUUCCUCUUGAUCAUGAUGGCGAGUGCAAGGACGUCAUGGUCAACUACCUCAAGUGCCUCAAGGACGUCAGAGGCCAGAAUGAUCCUGCUUGCAGAGAGAUUGCCAAAAACUAUCUGUCUUGCAGAAUGGAGAGGAAUCUAAUGGCAAAGGACGAUUUCAAGAAUCUAGGUUUUGGCACAGAGAAACCAAAACCGACCCCAAAGGAACCGGAAAAGGGGGUCAAAGGCGAGUUGCACUGGUAG